CAGUGGUUGGGGCUAGAUUGGUUCAAAGGUUACAGGCUAAAGGUUGGAAAACAAAGAUGGCAGAAUUUAGUAUUGGAAAGCAUUGUAGUGCUGAAGAAUGCAAGCAGCUAGAUUUCCUUCCUUUUGUUUGUGAUGGAUGUUCUGGAGUCUUUUGAGAAUUUUUCAUUUCUGACAAGCCUUGAUCAUCGAAGCAGAGAUUCACACCAGUGUUCUGAAGUAAACUUAAGAAAGGAGAGUGUAAAGUCUGAUCCACCCAUUUCGAUCCCAUGUAGCUUCAAAGAAUGUCAUAUCAGGGAACUUCUACCAGUUCUGUGCCCUCACUGUCAAAAACACUAUUGCUUGGGGCAUCGCCAUCAGAUGGAUCAUAAUUGUGAAAAACUGGAAACUCCCAAACCUCGUAUGUCUGCAACACAACAUCUUGUUAAAGAGAUUGUAGAUUCUAAGAAAACAUCACCAGUAAGCAAAGGGCGAAAAGGAGCAAAAAACGCUGAGACUGCUGCAAAGGUUGCAUUAAUGAAACUAAAAAUGCAUGCAGCAGGUGACAAAGCCAUUCCACAGACAGAACGGGUAUAUUUUCAAGUGUUCUUACCUAAAGGAGCCAAGGAGAAAAGCAAGCCCAUGUUCUUUUGUGCCAAAUGGAGCAUUGGCAAAGUGGUAGAUUCUGCAGCAACCAUGGCAGACCUUAGGAAUGAUAACAAUAUAUCUACAGCUAUGAAAUUAAGAGUUUGCCAUACCUUGUCUGGGGAAGCAUUGCCUAUGAGUGACACUUUGGAAUUCUGGAUAUCACACACACAGUGCCCACUACAUAACGGUGGAAAUAUAGUUCUCGAAUAUCUUGAAAAUAAUUGCAAACAGCUAACAGAUGUAAAUUGUUAUGCUGAAUAAUGAUAAAUAAAGCAUAUUUUUAAAUAA